AGUUGUUUGAAAUGGCCAGUAGGAUAGAAACAUCAUAUUUAAACAAGGAUUCUUAUGUGUUGUGAUCAGUGUGUGAUAUUGAAGCAAGUGUGACUAUUCGCAAGAUGUUCAAGAUUACGUUCGUGCUAGCAGUAGUCGUGAUGACGACGGUCACUGCCCAGUUCGGUGGCCGGGGCGGAAGACAAGGUUUUGGCGGAGGUGGUUUCGGUGGUCAAGGUGGCUUCGGAGGCCAGGGAGGAGGCUUUCGCGGCCAAGGAGGCUUCGGGGGCCCCGGAGGAGGAUUCGGUGGAGGAUUCGGAAACCGUCAAGGUGGAUUUGGCGGACAGGGAGGCUACAACCAAGGAGGAUUUGGACAAGGUGGAUUCGGCGGAGGACAGGGAGGUUUCGGACAAGGAGGCUUUGGACAACGCGGUUUCGGAGGACAGCAGGGAGGAUUUGGUCAAGGAGGCUUUGGGGGACAAGGAUUCGGUGGCCAAGGAGGGUUCGGUCGUGGGGGCUUCGGUGGUGGCUUUUAAAUUAGACGGUAACGUCUAAAAACUAAGGGCUUCAAAUAAAAACAUUGUGAUAGUAACAUAUUAUAUUAUUAUAAGAUUUUAUAAAAAUUU